AAUAUACUCCUCUGGAACACAUGAUUAUAGUUGGUCAGUUAUAUAACAUACGGCAAUAUUUAUAUUUUUUUGUAACAUCUAUACAAUAAUAAAUACCUUUUUUUUUUCACUUUUCAGGCAUUGAUAACAAAUGGUUCGUCGUCGUUAAACUUGGUUUAAUCGUUUUACCUUAUCUUACCACCUUUCCUAAUUGAUAACAAUUUACGCCCAUACAACUUAAUUAAUCUAUGACUAAUAAAUGGUAGGUACAUUACUGACUACCAAUUUACGGACUGAUUUUAAUUUGAUAUUAUGAAAAAAAAAUGUUCACUAAUGUUUCAGUCGACACAAUGCCAGUGUACCGUAGUGUAGUUUCAUUUAAAGUUAAAGCGGUCAUUAUUAUUUUUUAUUAUUAUUAGUAUUUAAUGUAUACUAGCUGUUAACUAAAAUAUUGUUCAGUGUUUUUUUAUUCUUUGCGUGUGCAUGUGACAUUAUGCAUUAUCAUAAUCGAUAAGAGUUCAACCACUGCAGUAAAAUUAUAAAUAUUAAAAAAACGCGAUCGCCUAUAUAAACGUCUGUAAAAUGUAUUUAUUCAUAACGUUGUAUAUAAGAAUCUAUAUUACAUUGAAAAAAGCCGACUGUUUACACCAAUCACGUGUCUCAUCCAUAUAGUGUUACAGCCCUGAGAUCUGGGUGCAGCUGUAACUGCACCGCACCACCAGCGAACGUAGGUACAGCGAUCGAUUGAUGAUCGACAAGCAGUGAAUCGCCACGCUGAGGACAUAACACGCCAUCAUUAUGGUGCACACGGGGUCUUGUGGCGACCGUCUCCAUGACAUAUUGGUCGGAUAUUUGCCGAUACUGACAUGGAUGCCAAAGUACAAGAAGUCGGACUUGCUGUACGACGCCGUGUCGGGUAUCACUGUAGCGCUCACGCUGAUGCCUCAAUCUAUAGCAUACGCGUCGCUGGCGGGACUGGACCCACUCUUUGGACUGUAUGCUGCAUGCUUCGGUAGCGUGAUGUACAUAAUAUUUGGAUCAGUACGUCAAAUUACUAUUGGCCCUGCGUCCGUUGUUGCGUUCCUCACUUUCAACUACGUCAAUCCAGCGUUACCAACUACAGCGGUAAUUCUCUGUUUUGUGUCUGGAAUUGUCGAGCUCAUAUGUGGACUUUUCCGCUUAGGAUUCGUCGUGGAAUUCGUAUCGAUGCCGGUGACAGGCGGAUUUACAUCAGCCGCGGCUAUUAUUAUGGCUUCCUCACAAUUAAGAGGAUUGUUCGGCAUUUCUUAUGACGCAAAAAACUGCAUGGAAAUGUGGAUAAAGUUUGUUGAACACAUUGAACAUUUUCGAUUAGCAGACACCGCUAUGGGACUAUUAUGUAUUUUCGUGCUGAUAGGAUUGAAGAGCUUAAAAUCCAUAAAAGUCAAUGCUAAAGGAAUAAAAGCAAAAUCUUAUUCGGUAAUAUUGUUUUUAUUGACCACCGGAAGCAAUGUUCUCGUGGUCAUCGUAUCGUCGAUAAUCGCAUAUUUUUCAAUCAGACAAGGCCAGUCACCAUUAGUAUUGACAGGUACCAUAGCUAGUGGCAUACCACAAUUUAGGCUUCCGUUUUUGGACUACGAAGACGAAGACGAGAAGUUUACCUUUUUCGAAGGACUGUCCAGGUUAUGGCCUGGAGCGAUAGUUGUGCCGUUGGUGUCAAUUUUGAGCACAGUGUCGGUCGCUAAAGCAUUCA